AUGGCCACAUCCACCAUCCCAGUUACAAAGCUUAACUCUGGUUAUGAAUUGCCAGUCAUCGGCUAUGGUACUUACGGAGGACCUAAUGCUCCUCAAGAAGUUUAUGAAGGAUCCAAAGUUGCUCUUGAACUUGGUUAUCGCCACUUUGAUACCGCAUACAACUACAAUACAGAAGCUUCGCUGGCCAAAGCAAUCAAAGAAAGUGGUGUUCCUCGUGAAAAGCUCUUUUUGACCACAAAACUUUGGAAUACAUUUCAUGAACCUGACAGAGUCAAACCAGCCUGUUUGAAGUCUCUGGAGAAGCUAGAUACUGAAUACCUUGACAUGUAUCUCAUGCACUGGCCUGUAUCCUGGCCAUUUAAUGGUUAUGAGUGUGAAUAUGACACCUUGAGACCUUGGAAGGAUGGCAAGAUUGAAAACCUUGGAAUCUCUUUCAUCGAUACCUACAAGGCUAUGGAACAACUUGUUAAAGACGGUCUGGUUCGCUCCAUUGGUGUAUCCAACUUCACUGUUCCAAAACUCAAGGCAUUGCUGGAACAAUGCGAGAUUCCACCGGCUGUAAACCAAAUUGAACUCCAUCCAUUUUUGCCUCAAGAAGAACUGCUAUCCUUCUGCAAAGAACAUAACAUCCACGUCACUGCGUUCUCACCACUUUCCAAUCCUGGUAUUGUUAAGGGAAAGAACCGCAAAACGUCCUUGUUGGAAGAACCUCGUCUAAUCGAAAUUGCAAAGAAGUAUGGCAAGUCUCCCGGUCAAACCGCAUUGAACUGGGGUGUGCAGCGUGGAUAUUCUAUUGUCCCCAAAUCGGUGACUCCUGCUCGCAUCAAGGCAAAUAUGGAAACAUUCUCUAUGGCACAGGAAGAUAUCGACUACAUCACUCAAAUUGGUCGUGAUAACCCUAUUCGCGUUUGCAAUUCCAUCUUCCUCUGGGGUCCUGAACAUUCCGUCUUUGAAGACGAGUAAAUUCGUAAUGGCCCACACACGAAAUUUAUGCCAUUCUUCCCUUCCUUGUAUAAUCUACUUGUUUCCGACAUACCCUGCUCCAUUACAAUGGCAAAAUUUCCGCUCUCCAUUGCUUUUCAUCACUCCAUAUCCAUUAUAUGUCGCAUAGCCUUACAAUACUUUUCCCAAGUGAUAGAUUAGACGUAACCUUUUUUUCUUCUUCUUUUUUUCUGUAUGCAGAAGACACC